GGCUAGUUCGAAGGGAUUUUGCGCAUGCGCGGAAGAGGGUGCGAGGCUGGGCAGUGGUAUUCGGGGCGGCUACAGGGGAGACGCGAUGCCGGAUUAUUUGGGGGCUGAUCAGCGCAAAACCAAAGAGGAGGAGAAGGAGGAUAAACCUAUCCGUGCUUUGGAUGAAGGUGAUAUUGCCCUGUUGAAAACUUAUGGCCAGAGCACAUACUCAAGGCAAAUCAAACAAGUAGAAGAUGACAUUCAACAGUUACUUAAGAAAAUCAAUGAACUCACAGGCAUUAAAGAAUCAGACACUGGCUUGGCUCCACCUGCCCUUUGGGAUCUAGCUGCCGAUAAACAGACUCUUCAGAGUGAGCAGCCACUGCAGGUGGCCAGGUGUACAAAGAUAAUCAAUGCAGAUUCUGAGGACCCCAAGUAUAUUAUCAAUGUUAAACAAUUUGCCAAAUUUGUGGUGGAUCUUAGCGAUCAGGUGGCACCUACUGACAUUGAAGAAGGAAUGAGAGUGGGCGUGGACAGAAACAAAUAUCAGAUCCACAUCCCCCUACCUCCAAAGAUUGACCCGACUGUCACUAUGAUGCAGGUGGAGGAAAAACCGGAUGUUACGUACAGUGAUGUGGGAGGAUGCAAAGAGCAGAUUGAGAAGCUGAGAGAGGUGGUGGAAACACCCUUGCUUCAUCCAGAACGAUUUGUCAACCUUGGGAUUGAACCCCCCAAAGGAGUACUUCUGUUUGGCCCACCUGGGACAGGCAAAACACUUUGUGCUCGAGCUGUUGCAAAUCGGACCGAUGCCUGUUUCAUCCGAGUGAUUGGGUCUGAGCUGGUGCAGAAAUACGUGGGAGAGGGUGCUCGAAUGGUUCGGGAGCUGUUUGAAAUGGCCAGGACUAAAAAGGCAUGCCUUAUCUUCUUUGAUGAAAUUGAUGCUAUUGGAGGUGCUCGCUUUGAUGAUGGGGCUGGAGGAGACAAUGAAGUCCAGCGCACAAUGCUGGAAUUGAUCAACCAACUUGAUGGCUUCGAUCCAAGAGGGAAUAUUAAAGUGUUGAUGGCAACUAACAGACCUGAUACCUUGGAUCCUGCAUUGAUGAGGCCUGGAAGAUUAGAUAGGAAGAUUGAAUUUAGCCUACCAGAUCUAGAGGGAAGAACUCACAUAUUCAAAAUACACGCUCGUUCAAUGAGCGUUGAAAGAGACAUAAGAUUUGAGUUGCUAGCUCGAUUGUGUCCUAAUAGCACUGGUGCUGAAAUUCGCAGUGUCUGUACGGAGGCAGGUAUGUUUGCUAUCAGAGCAAGGCGAAAGAUUGCCACUGAGAAAGACUUCCUGGAUGCUGUGAACAAAGUCAUCAAGUCCUAUGCCAAGUUCAGCGCUACCCCACGAUACAUGACUUACAACUAACCCUGGACCUCUCAGAUAACCCUCAAAAAAUAUAGUUUGUUUCUGUGGAGUGCUGUAUUGUAGCUGGAUGAGUAGAAGUAAAAAGAACAUUCCAACUUAAA